AUGUCAACAAAUGCACCCAACAUCCAUCAGUCUCGAUUUAACAUUAAAAUACCAAAUGCCUGUUUCCUCAGCUAUGUGUUUUCCGUGCGCACAACCCAACAGCAGAAGCCGCAAUACAUCGAUGCAUUCCGUCCGAAUAACUACUACAACCUUGCACAGGGACAAGUUCUCGCACGACGUGUCGGGCUUGGGUUGCGAAAUUUGGGCAUCAAAGAUGAUGACAGAAUUCUCUUGUACUCCAACAACAACUUAUACUUCCUCGUCCUUCUAUGGGGAGUCAUUGCGGCGGAAGCUAUACUCUUAGCUAUGUCUGAGACAACUUCAUCAGCGGAGCUAGAGAACCAAGUCAAGGACUUGGGAGCACGCCUUAUCCUCACGAGCCUAGAUGGCCUUGCAGUGGCCGGAAAAGCUGCCUUACGAGCUGGAGUGUCACGAGAGAACAUCUUCAUCUUUUGUGAUCCCUCUGACAAGCAUAAGAUCCCACACAGCGCAUGGGCAAAGCCAUGGACAAGCUUCUGGGCAUCGGAACAGCAAAUUUCGGGAUGGACAUGGAAGAAUUCUGAUGACAUCGAAUAUCUGCAUAACAAGACUAUUAUUAUUAAUUAUAAUGUUGUGGAAAAUUUGUCGCAGCUCGUGUUCUAUCGAACUCGUGAUGGAUCCGACCAAGCGGCAGUCGAACGCCGCCAGAGAUUGAACCGGUCAGGCGAGCGCUGGCUGGCUCCUCUGCCCAUGUAUCAUGCUUAUGGGCAAAUGUACUAUUGCAUCAAUGCCCCGAGAAUGGACGCUAGAGUCUACACCAUGCAUCGCUACGGGAUCAAGACUCUCUUGACUUUUCUUAACACUUGUUGUAUCACCUUCCUGACUGGUGUACCGAUAAUGUUGGUCCAAAUGCUGAAGCAGGACUCAACAGAAUACAACUUGAAGGCACUGGAGUACACAUUAACUGGCAUUAGUGGCUUCACCCUGAGAGAUGCCAACGACAGAGCAUCUGUGGGCUAUCUCAAUCCCAAUUGUGAAGCCAUAAUUGUUCCUGUGAAGGGUCGGACGUGGGAUGAGGUCAAACCAGGCAUUGAAGUCGGAGAGCUGUGGGUCGCUGGAGACAAUGUCACGGAAGGCUACUUCAAGAAACCCGAACAAACACGAGAUACCCUCGUGGAACGAUAUGGGCGACGAUGGCUCCGCACCGGUGAUGUUGCCUACUUUGGCGAGGAUGAAAAGAUCUACAUUAUCGACCGGCUGAAGGAGUUGAUCAAGGUGAAGGGACUGCAGGUGUCGCCGAGCGAACUCGAAGCGGCCAUAUCACUGCAUCCAGGAGUCGCAGAUAUGGCGCGAUCUAAUGACACCUGUAUUAGCAAUCAUGGAGAACAUCCACGCGCAUUUGUUGUCAAAAGGGACCAGAGUCUGACAGAGUCUGAGGUGAAGAAGAUCGUGUCAAGUAAGUUCUCCAAGCACAAGCAUCUAACUGGUGGCGUGUACUUCAUCGAUGCGAUUCCAAAGACGGGAAGUGGAAAGAUGAUGCGAAGGAGGCUUCCGGCUGUUGAGCAAGAAGCACAGACAAAACUUUAG